CUUGAGCAAAUUUAUGUAUUACUCGACCGUGUGCCAAUAAAUUCCAUUCAUUCGUUCAAGUCGCUCAAUACGCCAACAUAAUCAUAGAAAUCUAUUUCCGGUAAACAACACUUGAUUUUGUGGCAGGCAUACAUUGAAAAACUUCACGCGUAUUCAUAUUUCGCGGGUAGCUUUGUUUUUCAACGGUGGCGUAAAAGUAACAGCUCCAUUAUUCUUACUUGUGCUUAGGGUAUAAACCAAAAUGAUAGACCUAUUCAUGCCCUUUCGGGCAUUUCUUAAGUUGGAUAAUGUUAGUAUUGACAACAACGUGUUUCGGAUGCAUUACAAAGUGACAGUGAUCAUGCUGCUGGUCUUCACGCUGUUAGUGUCUUCGAAGCAGUUCUUCGGGGAUCCCAUCCACUGUAUGGGCGAUAGUGAUAGCGAUAAGGAUGCCAUAAAUAGUUACUGCUGGAUUUAUGGGACCUACACGUUGAAGAGUAGGUUAAAAGGUACUGAAGGCACUCACAUGACAUACAUUGGUGUGGGCACUGAGACGGGUGGGAAGGAGGAUCGGAUCGAGCACACCUACUACCAGUGGGUCUGCUGUGUGCUGCUGGGCCAGUCUGUCAUGUUCUACACCCCGCGCUAUCUCUGGAAAGUCUGGGAAGGUGGGCGUCUCAAGGCUCUAGCUUCUGAUUUGGCAAGCCCCAUGGUGAGCAAGGAUUGGCAUGAGUACCGCCGUGGGGAGCUGGUCUCGUACCUGUCGCACACCAAUAUGUACUCACACAAUAUGUAUGCUCUGCGCUAUGCCUUCUGUGAGAUACUCAACCUUCUCAAUGUGGUGGGGCAGAUGUUUCUCUUGGACAUAUUCCUGGGCGGCGCGUUCCGCAACUACGGCGCCACUGUCGCGGCCUUCACGCGCGUCCCGAAGGACCCUACCGACCUCAAUGACAUCGACCCCAUGGACCAAUACUUCCCCAAGAUCACCAAGUGCAUUAUGCGCCGUUACGGACCCUCGGGCUCUGCGGAAUUAAGAGACCGCAUGUGCGUUCUACCUUUAAACAUAGUCAAUGAGAAAAUUUUCGUCAUUAUUUGGUUUUGGUUCAUCUUUCUUACUUUCAUCUCUACCUUGGCUGUUCUCUUUCGUGUACUGGUGCUAUCGGCUCGCCCUCUCCGCACUGUCAUGAUGAUGGGCCUCUUGAGACACGUGAAACGGAGCACCGUCAACAGAAUUGUGAAGCACUUUGGCUUCGGGGACUGGUUUGUUCUCUACUUGCUAGGCAAAAAUGUGAAUCCGCAUGUCUACAAAGACUUAAUUCUAGAACUGUCUAAAGAACUGGAGCAUCGUAAUAAUUAUCCUAUUUAAGGUUACAUUGUAGAUCAGUCUUCAUAAGUUACUUCUAAGUAGUUUUAAUGUGUUGGUUGCCAAAUAAUAGCAAGUUUAAUUUAUGUUCUAAGAUAUUAAUGAUAGUCUAUUUUUUGUUAUAAGUUUUGCAGUAAAACUUGCAAUUUAAGAAUAGGCUAUUAGCAAACGCUCAAAAUUAUUUCUAAUGUUAUGUUUUAAUAUUAAUAGAAUAGUUUCUAUGAUAAUUUAAGUGACAACAUUUGUAUUUAUGGAAAGACUGAUCUAGAUGCAUAACUUGAUCUCUGGAUUUUGGUUAUCUAUUAGACAAUAGGAUGUUUAAAUAAGUCUAAUUCUUAAUAUCGAAGUACAGGGUAUUUGUUGAUAGAUAUUUAGGUUAAAUAAAUUGUUGUACUUUAUGAUAAAAGAUACAUGCCUGCCUUAUAAGUCUUAAGGCGGGAUUCCACCAGUGUGUGGCACAGCAGCACAAGCAAUUUUGUACUGAAUAUGAUUGUGCUGCACACUGGUGGAUUUAGCAUAAAAUAAUAAUUUAAUUUACUAAUAAGAGCCACUUGCACUAUUAGGCGGGUCCACACAGAGCGAGCGAGCGACCACGUACGUGCGAGGCAAUUUCCUCACGCACAAACCGGCCAGUAUAGACGUGCCUCGGCCGAGGCGGCGCGUGCGUUUUCCUCGCCCGAGCGCUCGGCCGAGCCACGUCUACACUGGCCGGUUUAUGCGUGAGGAAAUGGCCUCGCGCGUAUGCUCGCUCUGAGUGGACCCGGCUAUUUACUGACCCGGGGUUAACUGGUUAAACCUGGAAUUACCAUGGUUACCAGUACAAUUAGACACUGGGUUAACCCCGGGUUAGUGGGAUGAUGCAAGUGGCACUUAGAAAACGCAACAUGUAAUCCUGCUAUAGAAUUAAUCAGCUCCCUUAUGAGACCAACCCUUGAAAGUAUAAGCUCUUUAAAAUUCAAAAUUUAUAUUGGCAUAGCCUUUAAUAAUACUAUGCCACAUUGUAAAAAAAUAAGCUAAAAUGAGUGACAUAUUUGUAAAAGGAAAGUGAUUGAAAUAGUAAGGUUAUGUAUUUAAAUAAAUUGUGUAUGUAUUUGAUUGCAAAAUUGCAGUUUGGUAGGCACUUUAGCAGGAAACUGACAUACAUCUUUGAAAUUCUGCUCAUAUUUAUUGAAUAUUUGUUUAUUGCCCAAUUACCUAAUUGCUGAUAAUUCAUUAGGCACACAGAGCUAGCAUACGCGCGAGGCAAUUUCCUCUCGCACAAAACGGCCAGUGAAGACGCACCUCGGCCGAGGCGGCGCGCUUAAGCGAGGAGAACGCGCGCGUGCGCGAGGAAAUUGCCUCGUGUGUUGGAUCGCUGUGUGAACCCGCCUGUUCAAUUGAUCCUUCAUUGUUUUUGCUAAUCAUUUUGGAAGUUCAAGAUUUGUUUUUGUUUAUUUUCCCUCAAAAUGAAAGUAUUAUUGUUCUCAGAAAAGUUUUGUAUUUCUUAUUUUGAUUAUAAAAUUUGUUACAAGAAA